UCUCUCUCUCUCUCAUGACAUGAAUGGAACCUAUAUUGUUCUUCAAAGUUCAUUUACAUUUACUUGAACUUGCUCAAGUUCUCACUAAUCUAUAGCUUUUAGGGUUUUCUUUUGUUUUCAGGGUUCAUGUUUCAAAUCUAGUUUUACUAAGAUCAAUCAAGUCAUACAAAAAUCCGACUUUGGGUAGUACUUUAGCAGAGGCAUGGCUCACCAGGAAGAAGGUUGGCCACUGGGAUUGCAGCCCCUGAAUGUGAGGGUUGGACUGCCUACUAGAAACCACGACUACUCAGGCUCCAUUUCAUUCAACACUGUACCCACUGGUUCCCCAACUUCCUCAACAGAUUCAUCUUCAGAUUCGGACACACAGUCAACUGGGUCAUUUUUCCUUGAAAAGAGCAUCACACUGGGGAGCCUAAUCGGCGUUUCAAGCAUCUUGGAACUCUCAAGAAGAUCCAUAAGAGGAAGAAAAGCAGAAGCAACAAGAGAAAAACGAAGCAAAAACAACAGAUCAAAAGUGUGGCUGUUUUCUUUAUGUUCAAGGGAUGAUACCCAGAAUGCAAACAAUGUUCCAUCGCUUGGCCAUUUCCUUGCGGUGGAAAGAAGAGCAGCCGGCGGAUAUAGAAGGGGUUCCAUCGUCGAUGGACCCGACGAGCUCGCCCUGCAGGCUCAACCCAGUAUAGAAUCAAACCCACUAUUCAUCAACGGCUGCAUCGCUCCUCCUAGAACCACUUCACUCCAUGUUGCAGACACUGAUGAUGGUAACAGUCAUGGAGUUCCAGUUAUGCUCAACUGCAUAUGUGGACAACCCUGAACCCUACCUCCAAUUAUGGCCUUUGCUGCUAAAUUUUCGGUCUACAGUCAAUUUCGUAUGCUUUAGGAUUUAUAGUAAGGACUAAACUUUAGUUUCCUUGUCAUU